AUGUUUGUGCACGGGUUGAUCGCUGCAUGGUGCUGCUGUUUGUGGAUCUGUGCGGUUCUGGUCAGCGGUAACUACACGGUCCAGAACGACUUCAGAUCGGGGUUCGUGCAGCGCGCGCUGCGCACUCAGGAGCGCCGCGAGGUGCAGCGCGAGAUCCUGUCUGUGCUCGGACUGCCCCGCCGGCCCCGACCGCACUCACCCGAGAGACGCACCGCGGCCCCCAUCUACAUGCUGGAGCUCUACCAGGCCGACCUGACGCUCGGGGAUGAGCCCGUCGCUCCCGGAUACUUUCACCACCCAGGUUACUCUCAACCCGCCGGUUACUUCCAUCCCGCAGAUCCGGCACCGAGCCGCAGGGACCGCAGGUACCUCAACGACGCCGACAUGGUCAUGAGCUUCGUCAACAUGGUUGAUCCCAGUGAAGACCUGCAUGUAUUUCACCAAUACCAUCGAUUCGACCUCUCCCGCAUUCCUGAUGGCGAGGCUGUAACGGCUGCAGAAUUCCGGGUCUAUAAGGACUUCAUUCACGAACAAUACGAGAAUGAGACUUUCCAUGUCAGUGUGUACCAGGUGCUCCGUGAGAAUGCCAACAGAGAGUCAGAUCUGUUUCUGCUGGACACGCGGGUGGUGUGGGCUGCUGAAGAGGGCUGGCUGGUGUUUGAUCUCACAGCCACCAGUAACCACUGGAUUCUGAAUCCAGGUCAAAACCUCGGCCUGUUACUUACUGUGGAAAAUGCAGACGGUGAAAAUGUGAAACCCAGUGCUGCCGGCUUGGUGGGCAGUCAAGGACCCCAGAACAAGCACCCGUUCAUGGUGGCCUUUUUCAGAGCUACCGGCGUCCGACUCCGCAGCGUCCGCUCCGCUUCCGGACACAAACAGAGAAACCCAAACCGUUCCAAGACUUCAAAACACUCACCACCUUCCAGUCAAGAGGCCCUUAGGCUGGCAGAAGCAGCAGAAAAUGUUAGCGUGGAUCCAAAACAGGGCUGCAAGAAACACGAGCUGUACGUCAGCUUCAGAGAACUGGGAUGGCAGGACUGGAUUAUUGCCCCAGAAGGAUAUGCUGCAUACUACUGUGAGGGUGAAUGUGCCUUCCCCCUAAACUCCUACAUGAAUGCUACUAACCACGCCAUUGUCCAGACACUGGUGCACUUUAUAAACCCGGACUCUGUCCCGAAGCCGUGCUGCGCCCCCACCCAGCUGCACGGUAUCUCCGUGCUGUACUUCGACGACAGCUCCAAUGUCAUAUUGAAGAAAUAUCGCAACAUGGUGGUCAGAGCCUGCGGCUGCCACUGA